UUUCUCACGUACUGUGCCAGAGAGUCAGCGCUGAAGGCUCAGACGGCCCUGCACGAGCAGAAGACAUUACCAGGGAUGAACAGGCCGAUCCAGGUGAAGCCCGCCGACAGCGAGAGCAGAGGAGAAGACAGAAAGCUGUUCGUGGGCAUGCUGAAUAAGCAGCAGUGCGAGGAGGACGUGCGAUGCCUGUUCGAGUCGUUCGGCAGCAUCGAGGAGUGCACCAUCCUCAGAGGACCCGACGGAAACAGCAAAGGUUGUGCAUUUGUCAAGUACUCCUCUCAUGCCGAGGCUCAGGCGGCCAUCGGAGCUCUGCACGGGAGCCAAACCAUGCCCGGAGCCUCUUCCAGUCUGGUGGUGAAGUUUGCAGACACAGAUAAGGAACGCACCAUUCGGCGCAUGCAGCAGAUGGCUGGUCAGAUGGGCAUCUUCAAUCCUAUGGCCCUGCAGUUUGGAGCGUAUGGAGCCUACGCGCAGGCAAGUAUGCAGCAGCAGGCGGCGCUGAUGGCGUCUGUAGGACAGGGGACGUAUCUCAGUCCCAUGGCUGCAUUCGCAGCAGCUCAGAUGCAGCACAUGGCCACCAUCAACGGCCUGCCAGGAGCCCCCAUGACCCCCACAUCAGGAGGAAGUACGCCCCCUGGCAUUACCGCUCCCACAGUGACCAGCAUCCCCUCACCCAUCAGUGUUAACGGUUUUACAGGACUGCCCCCUCCUCAGGCCAACGGCCAGCCGCCAGCCGAGGCCGUGUUCACCAACGGGAUCCACCCAUACCCAGUCCUGCAGGAGGUUGUUUUUAGAGAAGACUCAGAGAAGGGAGGCCUGGGUGUUGCACAGCGGAGUUGUUUCGGGGUUCAGGGAAGCUGCUUCCUCUCGUCUCUCUCUGAAGCUCAGAGUCCUACAGCAGCCGAUCCUCUUCAGCAGGCGUACGCAGGAGUGCAGCAGUACGCAGCAGCCUACCCAGCUGCAUACGGACAGAUCAGCCAGGCCUUUCCUCAGCCUCCUCCCAUCAUCCCACAGCAGCAGAGAGAAGGGCCGGAGGGCUGUAACCUGUUCAUCUACCACCUCCCUCAGGAGUUUGGGGAUGGCGAGCUGAUGCAGAUGUUCCUGCCUUUCGGCUUCGUGAGCUUUGAUAACCCGGCCAGUGCCCAGGCCGCCAUCCAGUCCAUGAAUGGCUUCCAGAUCGGCAUGAAGAGACUCAAAGUGCAGCUUAAGCGGCCGAAAGAUGCCAACCGACCCUAUUAGCUGCACCCCUGAUGCCCCUCACCCUGGAGGUGAAGGCAACUGUAGCACCAGGGGAAUAACAGGUUUUGUAGGACGGGAACAUGUGUUGACUAACGCUAAUUACACACAAAAGAUGGACGGGGGUUGACUUGACACCUUGGAGAGGCGUGUUGGACGUAUGAGCCGCACAACACACCAAAACCAGUGGAACAUUAGGAGCUCGGUGGAAACUCAGAAGAGCUGCCGUGAUCCGCAACCGUAUCGGAUUUUUUGCUUAUAUAGGACAACUCACAGUAUUAAAAAUAUGAAAAAGAAAAAGAACGGCCUCAGAAGAGACUGACUCCACGGAGGAGCCGUUUAUGAAAAGAAUGGGGAUAAAGAAUUUAAAAAAACACUUUUGAAGCUGCAACUUUUAAGGGGGGAAGGUAUAUUACGGGACUUUUUAAAGCACUGUUUUAAAGUAACAAAGUUUUUUUUUGCUAUCGGAAGCAAGAAACUUUCGGAAGGAUGUGACACUUCAGGACACAAGCCUGCUGUGCUUGGGGAUGGCCAUCUUUAUCUCGGAGUGCCUGUCUGUUUCCAGAGGCAAGGGCUGGCACGAAGAACCGCCGCCACACUCCUCUGGGAGACUCAAUCUGUCAUUCCUUAGUCGUGUAGGGACCAAAAGACCAAACCUUUUUAUCGAUAAUGAAAAAAAAAAAGACUCGUAGCUGUAACAUACUCA